UUUGAGACAGGGUCUUAUGUAGCCAAGGCUAACCUUGGACUCCUGGUUCUCCUGCCCCCACAGUGCCACAGUCUUCAUCCUCAGCCUUUCAGGGACAGCGUGCUCCUUUCUAAAGGGCAGCUCAGGUGCAGUCCAGGUGCCAGCCCUGAUAAACAACGGCACUCCCCAUACUUGGAAAAUCCCGAGGACUUAUCUCCCAGGAACCAAAACCAAACCCAGACACCACCUGUGCUCCACAGCAGUGAUGGACAGGAAGAGUCAGGGCCUGCUGGACAGUUCGCGUGUGGUUGACGCUGUGGCGGGCAGAGUUCUCAGAGCAAGGACUUUUCAGGGUGGAGACAGUCACUGAAGAGGCCAAGACAAUGGAUAAGAUAAGUGAGCCACAGGGCAUGUUCAGUACUGAUAAGAGCAAAGCGGGGGUCAGUCUGGUAGUGCAAGGGGUGCAACCUGGAAGAGGGAGUCAUGAAGCCUCCGCCUUGUGUGUUUAAGAUGGAGGCGGAUAUAGGUAUCUGGAGGGACUGGUGUCCCCCAUGCUGAGUCAGUGCAUAGACCUUGGGGUGAGAGUAAACCCACCUCACACACACCAGGCUAGUGUCGGAUUCGAACAAGGUUAGCAGGCAGAGGUUAGCCCAGCGCAGGACCAAAUUCUGCAGAUCUUUGUGGCACUCUUGUUUGGAGUCAGGGGCCUGGAGCAUGAUAGACAAAGCACUCUGCCGCUUACUCGUGGCUUCAAGGCAGCUGCUCUCCGACUGAGCUGUGUGUAUCUGUCCCUCUCUCUACUGCUUGAGACAGAGUCUUAGUAAAUUGCCCAGGCCAGCCUUGAAUGCGCUCUGUAUCUAAGGCCAGCCUCUAAUUUCCAGUCCUCCUGCCUCAGGCUCCUUGGUAACUGGGGUGACCGAUCUGUACCAUCACCGCCCCCGCUGAAGCCUGGACUUGUAUCUUGAAAAAAUCAAGAACCCAGAGACUGGAAGAACUUGGCUGGCAGGUUCACAAGUUCUGUGUCCCUGUGAGCAGUUGGGGAAGUAGGAAACUCAGAAGGAAGGCCACUGUGACAUUCUUUGUGGGAGAUGGUGGCGGCAAGGCCAGUAUGGUGGCAGCUGAUGUAAUGGGCACUGGUCGGUACUGGAGGGCCUGGUUGCAACCUCAGCUCUUUCACCGUCGCUGUCCUGCGCUGUCCUAGCUGAGGCCUGCGGCCGCACCACUUCUCACCGCUGGGUGGCGCGUCCCGCCCGGGCACGAACUCACCCCUUGCCCUGUCUACCCCAAAGCUUCUUUCACUUUCGGUCUUUGGCUGUCACCAAUUUGGUCUUUCCACACCCAGCUGGGGCAAGCCUGACCCUGCCACAGGCAUGAGGGGUCCCCGGCCGAGAUGACAGUGCUGGUGCCAGCCUGGAGUCCAAAUUCCUCCCUGCUGCUGCUGCUGCUGCUGCUGAGUCCUUGUCUGCGGGGGACACCUGACUGCUACUUCAGCCACAGUCCCAUCUCCUCCAACUUCCACUUGAGGAUCAGCGAGCUGACUGACUACUUGCUUAAAGAUUACCCAGUCACUGUGGCCAUCAACCUUCAAGACGAGAAACACUGCAAGGCCUUGUGGAGCCUCUUCCUGGCCCAGCGCUGGAUGGAGCAACUGAAGACUGUGGCAGGGUCUGAAAUGCAAACACUCCUGGAGGCUGUCAACACGGAGAUACAUUUUGUCACCUCAUGUGCCUUCCGGCCUCUACCAGAAUGUCUUCGCUUCGUCCAGACCAACAUCUCCCACCUCCUGCAGGACACCUGCACGCAGCUGUUGGCUCUGAAGCCCUGUAUGGGGAAGGCCUGCCAGAAUUUUUCUCGGUGCCUAGAGGUGCAGUGCCAGCCAGAGUCCACUACCCUGCCACCCCCAAAGAAUCCUGUAGCCCUAGAAGCCACUGGGCGUCCAGAGUCUCCGUCCAGUCAUCUGUUUCUCCUGCUGCUGCUGCUGCUGCUGCUGCUGCCUCUCACGCUUUUUCUGCUGGCAACUGCCUGGUACCUUCACCGUCAGAGGGCAAGAUGGAGGGCAGUGCUCCGCCCUGGGGUGCCCCUCACCUCCCAUCCCUAGAAUAUGAAACUUGCGCAGCGUUGACUCCGCCAAGGUCUUAUCUCGAGUUGGGAACCAAACAAGGAACAAGCUAGGCAAAUACUGUGCUACUGAACUCCAUGUCCUGCUAGAGGACACAAUGUCCAGGCACAGUGAUGAACAUUCCAGUACUUCUGAGCUGGCGAUGCUGAAGCUGGAAGAUACUGACUUUAAGAAAAUCACAAAGGAAGAAAGAGAAAGAAAAAGAGGACACUGUAGCCCUGUGUGGCUGCUUCUGUCAUCCCAGCUUCUUAAAAUAAAAAAUGACUGCUGGGCGUGGUGCUGCCUGCCUGAAAUCUUAGUAGUCAAGAGGCUGAGGCAGAGGGAUUUAAGGAGCAAGGCCAGCCCUGGGAACUUAGUGAGAACAAAGAAGAGUAGCAAUGCCGGGCUGGGCUUGGGGAGCUCGCACAGAAAGGUUCGGUUCCAUCCUGGUUCCAUCUGCAGCAGCAGCCACACAGCCGCUGGAAACAUUGUAUCUGCACUAAUAUUCCCACUGCCGAAACAGACUCCCUGCUAGCUUAGUUAAAACAAUUAGAUGGAGGAACAGUUUCUAAACUUUGUGGCUUCCUAUUUCUGGGCUUGUUUCAGAAACACAGACCAUUUAUCAGACAUAGUGGCACAUGUCUGUAAUACCAACUCUAUUUACUAUUUUUUUUUUGAGAUGGUCUCUAUGUAGCUCAGAUGGCCUGGAACUCGGUAAUCCAUCCUCCUGCCUCUACCUCUGGAGAGCUGGGAUCACUGGUGUGUACUCUCACAUCUGAGAGUAAUUGCUCUUUUUUUAAAAAAUUACACUCAAGCCUCCCCAAAAUAAAUAAAAAUUUAAAAAUAAUUCCGCAUGGUGGGGGCCUAUGUGCACCAUUGUGCUUGCGCACUAGUCGGAGAACAACUUGCUGGAGCCACUUCUCUCCUUCCAUCAGAUGGGUCCCAGGAGAACUCAGGAUGACAGGCUUAGUGGCAGAGGCCUUUUAUCCUUUAAGUCAGCUUGAGGGCCAUGAUUUGUUUUGCUUUGAAACAGGGCUUCAGAUAGACCUACCUGACUUGGAACUUGUGUUGACCAGGCUGGCUUAGACAGAUAUCCACCUGCCUCUGCCUCCUCAGUGAUAGGACUAAAGGUGUGUGUCACCACGCCUGGCUGUGAGACUCCCUUUGGAAAGACAAAGAACAAAACAAAAAACCCUUGGAGCAGAUUUUGUGGUCAAGUUGUAGUUCCUGCACACCACAGAAGAGGCAAAAGGGCAAGGAUUCUGGGUUAUCUACUAGUACAUAGAAAUCCCAGACUAACCUAAACGGGGUGUGGUGGAGUGGGAAUGGGAGAGGUGGG